AUGAUUUUCUCUAUCCCCCUUCUCGAUGAUUGCGGUGAUUGUUCCCUUCGGGUUCCGGAGAGCAGUCAUCCUUGUAUUGCGACUGGCGAAGUCUCGAUGGGCAUAGCGGAUGCCUUCCUUUAUCGCCUCUCUGCAAAGCCUUGCGAGCUCGGACGUGAGUUCUUGAUUCCCUGCGGCUCGUGCUGCUCCGCGCUGGCGUAUCAGCUCAAGAGUUUCAAGAGACAGGCGCCUCUUGGUGGUUUUAAAACUCUCAGCCUUCUUCGCGCAGUCGUGAAGGUGUUCAACGAGCCGAUCAUAUUCCUCGUCGAUAUUGUCCAUUGCAGAAUCUUCCCAAAAGCCGGCUACCGUAGCGAAGAGAUCCCAGUUGAUGAUAGUACAGGGAUUUCUCUUUCUGAACAUGGCGGCUUUCUCUGCUCUCCUUGUGAAGGAAAAUCUUCCUCGGAAGAGGCGAUGGUCUGA